AAAGGGGGCGGCGGCGGCUCUCACCGUAUCCGGGCCUCGCGCGGCGUGCCCCCGAGGGGGGGUCGGGCGGAGAAGCUGCGCCGGCCCGGACCCCCCGCGGGAACUGGCGGCGGGCGUGAGGGCGAGGCAGCGGCCGCGGCGGACGGGGAGCGGCGGCUGCCGGACAGUAUCUUCAGACUUUUCUUCAAGGUUUUGAUUGUGAGUUGCCACGUGUCAAACUGGACAAGGUAUCAUAGUUGAAGUUCCACAAAUUGACAAAUUGGAGAAAAUGACUGUGGUGCUGGAAGAUCAUUACUACUGGAAGGCCGGUUAGCAUCCAUUUCCUGAGAAAAACUUGACCACCGUUGGCUCUGGCAUGGCGCAAAGCAGUUCGCAGCUUGACGUGCAGGUUCUUCACGACCUCCGACAACGUUUCCCUGAGAUUCCAGAGGGAGUGGUGUCUCAAUGCAUGUUACAGAAUAACAACAAUCUUGAAGCCUGUUGCCGAGCGCUUUCCCAGGAGAGCAGCAAGUACUUAUACAUGGAAUACCACAGUCCCGAUGACGGCAGAAUGAAUAGAAAUCGCCUUCUGCAUAUUAACCUGGGUAUCCACUCUCCUAGUAGCUACCACCCAGGAGAUGGUGUGCAACUAAAUGGUGGUCGGACCCUGGUGCAUAGCUCAAGUGACGGACACAUUGAUCCUCAGCACGCAGCCGCAGGUAAACAGCUGAUAUGUCUAGUUCAGGAACCACACUCAGCUCCCGCUAUUGUGGCUGCUACUCCCAACUACAAUCCAUUUUUUAUGAAUGAACAGAACAGAAGUGCAGCUACUCCUCCUUCCCAGCCACCUCAACAGCCAUCUUCCAUGCAAACCGGAAUGAAUCCAUCUGCUAUGCAAGGGCCUUCGCCACCACCACCUCCUUCUUACAUGCACAUACCUCGGUAUAGUACAAAUCCAAUCACUGUUACCGUAUCCCAAAACCUCCCUUCUGGACAGACUGUACCAAGAGCUUUACAAAUUCUUCCACAAAUUCCAAGCAAUCUCUAUGGGUCUCCUGGUUCUAUUUAUAUCCGACAGACAUCUCAGAGUUCAUCAGGAAGACAAACUCCGCAGAAUACACCGUGGCAGUCCUCACCUCAGGGCCCAGUGCCUCAUUAUAGCCAAUGUCCUUUGCCUGUUUAUUCACAUCAGCAGAACUAUCAACCUUCUCAGUAUUCUCCCAAACAACAGAUCCCUCAACCUGCUUACCAUUCGCCACCUCCUUCUCAAUGUCCUUCACCCUUCAGCUCUCCACAGCAUCAAGUGCAGCCUUCCCAGUUGGGCCACCCGAGUUCCCAUGUCUUUAUGCCACCCAGUCCUUCGACUACUCCACCCCACCCAUAUCAACAAGGCUCUCCCUACCAGAAACAGGGAAGCCAUUCAGUCGCCUAUCUCCCCUACGCAACAUCUAGCUUACCCAAAGGAUCCAUGAAGAAGAUAGAAAUUACAGUUGAACCCUCUCAAAGACCUGGGACCGCAAUGAAUAGGAGUCCGUCACCUAUCAGUAAUCAACCGUCUCCACGGAAUCAGCAUUCACUGUACACAGCCACCACUCCACCUUCAAGUUCUCCUUCAAGAGGCUUGUCCAGUCAACCAAAACCUCCAUUUAGUGUUAAUCCUGUGUAUAUUACGUAUACACAGCCAGCUGGACCUUCAUGUGCUCCAUCCCCAGCUCCUCGGAUGAUACCAAACCCAACUACAGUUUUUAAAAUUACCGUAGGCCGAGCAACGACUGAAAAUCUUUUAAAUUUAGUGGACCAAGAAGAACGUUCUGCAGCCCCAGAACCUAUUCAGCCAAUUUCAGUGAUUCCAGGGUCUGGGGGAGAAAAGGGAAGCUAUAAAUACCAGAGGACUUCUAGUUCUGGAUCAGAUGACUACGCCUAUACACAAGCCUUGCUGUUACAUCAGCGAGCAAGGAUGGAGAGGUUAGCAAAGCAAUUGAAACUUGAGAAAGAGGAGCUAGAGCGGUUGAAGGCCGAAGUGAACAGGAUGGAGCAUGACCUGAUGCAGAGACGACUCAGAAGGGUCAGCUGUACCACUUCGAUCCCAACGCCUGAGGAAAUGACAAGAUUGAGAAGCAUGAACAGACAACUCCAGAUAAAUGUUGACUGUACACUGAAAGAAGUUGACCUCCUUCAAUCUAGAGGAAACUUUGAUCCAAAAGCCAUGAAUAACUUUUAUGACAACAUAGAACCUGGCCCAGUGGUACCACCCAAGCCAUCUAAAAAAGACUCAUCAGACCCCUGCACAAUUGAGAGGAAAGCCCGAAGAAUUAGUGUGACCUCCAAAGUACAGGUGGACAUCCAUGACACCCAGGCAGCAUCUGCAGAUGAGCAUCUUCCUGGCUCCAAACAGAGUCCUCGGACACAACCCCGAGACGAAGACUAUGAAGGGGCCCCAUGGAAUUGUGACAGCUGCACUUUUCUGAACCACCCCGCACUCAAUCGCUGUGAGCAGUGCGAGAUGCCGCGGUACACCUGAGUGCAGAAGAGUCGGCACCAAGUCGAGAGUGAAAAGGCUUCGAGCACCCAUAAGAAAAAAAGGAAACCGUGGGAAUCUUCAUCUGCCCAGACUCUUCAUUUCAGAUUACACAGGGGGGAGGAGGAAUGACACUGAGGCCGCGUGAGCUCACUAAAAAGAAAAAUGGGGAGGUUUGUGUGUUUUUCCCUUAACUCAUUACAGAGUGAGAGACAGAAAGGGAUACUUGAAACAGAGAAAGGAUUCACUCCUAAAAGAAUGUACACAGAAUUGAAGAGCUCUUCUAUGGAAUCCCAAUUGUUCAAGUUACUGCUGAGUGGCCCUUAUUUUAUAAACUAGAACUUUGAAUCAUAGUGUGACAUGUUACAGUUUAUACAGACAAACUGUGAAUUCCCAGAGCAGACUUAUCUGGUCACAGCUCUCUGGAAAACCAAGGCUCCCCAUGCUUCUUCCCGUUGCUUCCUAUUAAAGAGAAGAACAGGAAAAAGCACCCAGAAUAUGAUUUAGGGGGGCAAAAUAAUAAGGGUAUUUGUAAUUGCUGCUUUUUUCAGGGGUAAUUUCCAACACACAAACAAGAUGUUUUAAAAUGUGAUUUGUAGCAGUCAGGAAUUAGUCAUAUUGUGCCCUUUGUUCAAAAGUACAAUCAGAGGGGAGAAGAUCCCUUUUGCUUAUACAAUGAUUCACCAAGCUAUUAUCAGCACUGGUAACUAAGACCUAAUUAUGCCACAUAAAAUCUAUUAAGUUACUGCAUGCUUUUAUUAGGUCCUUGGUUUUCAAAAUAACAAGUCCUUGCAAAGUAGGAUUUUAUGAAUGACCUUCUUGUAAAACUGCGCUUUGCCAACAGCACAGUGAAUGUAUGCCAAAUGUAAAUCCAUUCCAAAAUCCAUCUGGAAGUCCUGAUCUCAGCUGUGCUUCUACAGGAAAUAUUUACAGAGGGCCUUUUUUUUCUUUCCAAUUUUGUGACGAAUUCAUGUUUACAGCACAGAUAAUAUUUUGUGCCAUAAUCCUAACUUAGCUGAAAAAAAUCAAUAUUAGUUGUUCAAUAAAUAUUUAUUUGCACACAUGUUAAUAAACCAGUGUGAGGGAAAUUACAGUUGGCCAAUGUUAUAAAGUUGCACACUGUGUUAUUUAGGGAAAAAGAGAAGGCUAGUCAAGAAAUUUGAUUAAGAGAAAGGUAAAUACAAAGGACUUCAAAACUAAGAACUUAUAUAACACUGAGUUUGGUAGUUCAGGUGAUACUAAAGCACUCCUUUAUUUAGGAAACCAGAACUUUAAGGUGUGAAUAACUGAAGAGAUAGAAAAUCGUGUGAUUCACUAAAAUGCACCACUGAAAAAUUAGUAGUAGGACAUUUAAUUAAGGUUUCUACCAUUGCUGAGAAUUGGAUUUUGGAAUCUUCUCCUUAUUUGGGUGAACAUAAAUAGCAAUAAAAUCGGUAAGUUUUCUAAUCCUUAAAGAUUUCACCUGCAGUUAUAACUUUAGGAAUACCCACUCUCCCAUAUCAGGUGCGUGUACACACACACACACACACACACACUUCAAGCUGUCAUUGUAUUCUAAUUUGGCAGUAGUCUGGCAGACCUAUAGAAAAAUAGGUUGCCUUGAUAACAUAAUGAAACCAAAGGCAUAAUAACUCAUCCUAGUUUUCCAUCAAAAUCAUACUUUCACACUCUACCUACAACUUUGAAAACAUUUUUUCACAUGGAAAAUUCCCUACAAAUAUCCACUUGUCUCACAAAGUAAGCAUGGCUAUGUAAUUACACUGAUAAAACAUCUCUAGUACAACUGUGAAAAUACUGGUGAGAAAACAGUACUUGGACUUAAAAGCACUGACCUGAAAACAGCAUUCUUGAAAGGCUUCUGUAACACUGGUGUCUGUCAGUCUCCAAUAACAGCCUAUCAGUCCUACUGUCCUGUAAUAUGCCAAUGCCUUUGCCUUUGUAUGGUUUCAGAUCGCUUGCGCGAUGGUCCCCCCCACUUGGUACUAAGUAACAAUUUAGGGGGAAAACAUAUACUGCUUGGGGUUCUAGUUAAAGGUUUACCAGUAUUCUUAGUGAUAUGCUGAAGUGGCAGCAGUUAGCUUGGCAGUUGUCAGUUGAGAAUGAAAGUAGCAUGUAUGAAAACAGUUUGAUGCUUUAUGAAAACCACGUAGAUGACUUUAAAACUACUGCAUGAACAUACACAUCCGGGUUACUAAGCUGUUAUCCAGUAAAUGCAUGGUUCCAGUUCUUCGGUGAUAGAUCUAGUCAAUCAUUGUUUUCACCCGCCAGGGAAAGUGAGAAACCAGUCUGUUUGAGAGGUGUAGAGAGGGUGGGGUAUGAGACAUCAGAGAUUGAUUUUAAGGAAGUUUUUGUGUGUGUGUGUUCAUUUCUGCUUGUGCACAAGUUUCAUAUGCCAAUAUAGGCUGUAUCCAGUUUUUAAAAUAAGCAAAAAUUAUUUGAUAGGUUUAACUGUGUCUCAUACCAACUACUUUGUAUUUUCAAUUACAGUUUAUUGGGCUGACAAUUGUAUCAUAUCAACUACUUUUGUCUGUGACCAAUUUGAACAAGAAUUCAGUCAACUUGCAAGGUGCCUUUUCAAAAGGAGCUCCUAGUCAGACUGCUACGUGCAGACAAUUGGCAAUACAAGUGGUAGGCUACAAAUUGGAUGGUGCCUACCUCCUGAGGUGCCUGUGCUCUUUGGAUCAGUUGGUGCAGUUCUUUUUUCUAGUAAAAAGUUUUCUUAUUUUCUUCUUAAAAUGUUAGUGUGAUGUAUCUGGUAACACACAGACCUGACUAUACAUUUUAAAUUAAUUCACUGUUUUGUAAACUGGGUCUUGAGAAGAAACACAUUUACCAUUUUGUUAUAGUACAUUGCCCCUUCAAUUUUGGAGUAGGUCUUAAAAGUUUAAAGUGGUAAUAGAGGAGCCUGAAACUUUUCUAGGAAGCAUUGUAAGAUGUUUCAAAUUGAUGAUAACCUUGUUUGGGAGAGUGCAGAGGCAGGGAGUUUUAAAGAAACAAAGAAAUGCAUUGUAAAAAAAAAAAAGGUAGUUUUAGAGCAGAUUAAGGAUGGUGGGGAAAGUGUUGCUAAUUUGUUUAUUUCCCUGAAAGAAACGGGAUGUGUGAUGAACAGUUUAAUAAUUUUUAAGGAGCUGGUCUCAAUUUUAGUACUUAAUUAUUUUGUCAUUGCUUUGUCCCGGUUCAGUUAUAUAGGGUUCAUAUCCAACUUUCUGUGGCAACUUAAGUUUUACAUAGUAUUUUAAAAGAUAAUUGUAAUGUCUUUGACAGUAUAAACAAACAGUGAGAAUAUAAGGCAUAGAAAAACUUGUCCUUUGACGAUAUCAGUGAUGUAUCCUGGAAUGUGAAGAUGUCCCUUUAUAGUUAAAAUUGAUUUCUUUUAAUAUUGUAACCAUUGUCCAGACUUUGAAUGAGUUCAUGUUACAUGUUACAGUGUGUGUCUGUAUUAUCUGUAGACAAAGACAAAGGACAAUUGAAAUGUUACUUUAGGCACUGUCUGUGUUGCACCACUACUGUAUCUUCUUGAAAGAAUUAACAGUAUUUUCUUAUUGUAAAAGUUAAUUACGAUGACGUUUUCACAUUCACCAGACAUGCUUUUUUUUUCUUCUGUAUUAUUUGCAUCCCCAAAUAUUUAAAACAAGUAGAUUUUGCAUGGCUUGGGCAUUCAGAGAUUAAUAGAACGAUGACACAAUUUUAAUUUUUAAAGCCAUGAAAAGUUGCUUUGAGACUGAACAAUUCUGACUUCUUAUUUAUAAUGACACCCAAUGUCCAUGUUUCCCUACUGUACAAGAAUUGAUCAGUUUCUUCAUUAAAACAGCAAAAACUUAUUAAAUCUUGUAAAUAUCAUUUCUCUUAGAUUUCUGUGUAUGCUGUGAAUCAAAUUAUUUUGAGGUGAAAUUGUACAAAGGCAUUUUCAAAGGCUAUGCAUGCAUCGUACCUCCAAACAGUACAUAUUUGGAAAGUCAACGAUUCCUCCAAAAUAAAUUAAUAAACUAAAAGCAAACAUUA